UGCUGCAGACGCAAGAUGGCGACGGCGGCCGCCGCCACCUCCGCUCCGGAGCCCGAAGCCGAGCCUAAGGCUGGGCCCGAGGCCGAGGAGGAGCACGGGAACGCUGCGAAGGCGGCCCGCGCGAGGAGCAAGGUGCUGACCCUGGAACUAGGCUGGGACCAGCCGGAGGAAGGCGUGAGCGAGAGCGAUGGCGACGGGGAGUACGCCAUGGCCUCCUCCCCCGAGAACUCUCCGGGGGAGUGCGAGUGGGAAUUCGAGGAGGAGGAGGAGAAGAACCAGCUGGAGAUCGAGAGGCUCGAGGAGCAGCUGUCCAUCAACGUCUAUGACUACAACUGCCACGUGGACCUCAUCAAGGUGCUCCGGUUGGAGGGGGAGCUGGACAAAGUGAGGGCAGCCCGCCAGAAGAUGAGUGAGAUCUUCCCCUUGACGGAAGAGCUCUGGCUGGAGUGGCUGCAGGACGAAAUCAGCAUGGCUGCGGAUGACCAGGACCGCGAGCGUGUGUACCAGCUGUUCGAGAGAGCUGUGCAGGACUACAUCUGCCCUAACAUUUGGCUAGAGUAUGGCCAGUACUCAGUUGGUGGCAUUGGUCAGAAAGGUGGCCUUGACAAAGUUCGCUCCGUGUUUGAAAGAGCUCUGUCAUCCGUGGGUUUGCACAUGACCAAGGGGCUGGCCAUCUGGGAGGCUUACCGAGAGUUUGAAAGCGCCAUCGUGGAAGCCGCCCGGCCCAUAGCUGGCUUCCUUUCCCCUUCUGACUGGGAACAAACCUUUGAUUCACAGCUUGAGAAAGUCCACAGUCUCUUCCGGCGACAGUUGGCGAUCCCGCUCUACGACAUGGAGACCACAUUUGCUGAGUAUGAAGAAUGGUCAGAGGACCCAAUUCCGGACUCAGUGAUCCAGAGCUAUCACAAAGCAUUGCAGCAGCUGGAGAAGUACAAGCCCUAUGAGGAAGCCCUGUUGCAAGCAGAGGCCCCAAGGCUGGCAGAAUACCAAUCCUACAUCGAUUUUGAGAUGAAAAUUGGUGACCCUGCUCGUAUCCAGUUGAUCUUUGAGCGUGCCCUGGUUGAAAACUGCCUGGUCCCAGACUUAUGGAUCCGUUACAGUCAGUACCUAGACCGGCAGCUGAAGGUGAAGGAUUUGGUUUUGUCUGUACACAGCCGCGCUGUUAGAAACUGCCCCUGGACAGCUGCUCUGUGGGCUCGAUACCUCCUGGCCAUGGAGAGACACGGAGCUGACCAUCAAGACAUUUCUGCAACCUUUGAGAAAGCUUUGAGUGCUGGCUUCAUCCAGGCCACGGACUACGUGGAGAUGUGGCAGACGUACCUUGAUUACCUGAGGAGGCGGGUCGACUUCAAACAAGACUCCAGUAAGGAACUGGAGGAGUUGCGCGCCAUGUUUGCCCGUGCUUUGGAGUAUCUGCAGCAGGAGGUGGAAGAGCGUUUUAAUGAGAAUGGAGAUCCGAGCUGCGUGGUCAUGCAGAACUGGGCUCGGAUUGAGGCUCGACUUUGUAAUAAUAUGCAGAAAGCUCGGGAACUCUGGGACAGCAUCAUGACCAAAGGAAACGCCAAGUAUGCCAACAUGUGGCUUGAAUAUUACAACCUGGAAAGGGCGCAUGGUGACACGCAGCACUGCCGGAAAGCUCUGCACCGGGCUGUCCAGUGCACCAGUGAUUACCCUGAGCAUGUCUGCGAUGUGCUGCUUACCAUGGAGAGGACAGAAGGUACUUUAGAAGAUUGGGACACAGCUGUUCAGAAAACCGAGACUCGCUUAGCCCGCAUCAAUGAGCAGAGGAUGAAGGCUGCGGAAAAGGAGGCCACCCUUGCACAACAGGAGGAGGAGAAGGCUGAAGAGCGGAAGAAGCUGAGGGCUGAGAAGAGAGCACUAAAGAAGAAAAAGACCCGAGGCACCGACAAGCGCAAGGCAGCGGAGGAGGAGGAGGAGAACGAGUGGGGCGGCGAGGAAGAAGGCCGAGCCCAACAGCCCCCCAAGCGCCGGAGGGUGGAGGACAGCGCACCCCCAGAAGCGGAAGAAGCAGGGAAGCCAGGGAAAUGGGCGGCUGGAGACCAGGCUCCGCCAGCAAAGCAGAAGGAGAAGGCAGCCGCGGCGCGGCGUGAUCUGCCCAAGGUGGCCCACGACAGCAGCAAGGACAGUGUCACGGUGUUUGUCAGCAACUUGCCCUACUCUCUGGCCGAUCCCUCUGCCAGGCUCAGGCCGCUGUUUGAGGAGUGUGGGGAGGUGGUGGAGGUACGCCCUGUCUUCAGCAACCGUGGGGACUUCCGUGGGUACUGCUACGUGGAGUUUCCCGAUGAGAGGGCCGCCCUGCAGGCCCUACGGCUGGACCGGACCAGUGUGGACGGGAGGCCAAUGUUUGUGUCCCCCUGCGUGGACAAGAGCAAGCACCCUGACUUCAAGGUGUUCAGGUACAGUACCGCCUUAGAGAAACACAAGCUCUUCAUCUCAGGCCUGCCCUUCUCCUGCACCAAGGAGGAGCUGGCGGACAUCUGCAAGGCCCACGGCACCGUGAAGGACCUCAGGCUGGUCACCAACCGGGCUGGCAAGCCCAAGGGCCUGGCCUACGUGGAGUAUGAGAACGAGUCCCAAGCAUCGCAGGCGGUCAUGAAGAUGGAUGGCAUGACCAUCCGAGAGAAUACCAUCAAGGUGGCCAUCAGCAACCCCCCUCAGAGGAAAGUUCCAGAGAAGCCAGAGGUGGGGAAGGCACCCCAUGGCCCUAUGGUGCCGAGGCAGAUAUACGGAGCGCGUGGGAAGGGGAGGACCCAGCUGGCCCUACUGCCUCGUGCCCUGCAGCGUCCGGGCGCGGCCACCCCUCAGGCGGAGAAUGGUCCAGCCCCUCACCCAGCGGUGACUGCCGCCCCCGAGGCGCCCAAGAUGUCCAAUGCUGACUUUGCCAAGUUGCUUCUGAGAAAGUGAGCAGGACUCCGCGAUUGGAAAUGCCUUAAUCAUGCGGCACCCCGGACAGAGGGCCGAGCACGGUGCUUGUGCCCAGACUCUGCUGAGCAGAACGUGCUCCACGCAGACACGGGAGUGCUCCCUCACAUUGAGGGCCGGCCCACGUGUGGGCCCAGACCAAGAGCAGAAGUAACGCUGGAACAAGGCCCUAGAGCCCUCGCCCCGGUGCUUGUGCCACCCUGGCCUGAGGCCCCGUCACGGCCCGUGUACCCUCCCUGUCAUCAGCAACACGCUGCCACGGCCUGUGUUAGUGAAGGCAAACACGUUUGCUGGCAUUUUGUCCAAGCUGAGGAUUUUUUGUUCUAUUUGUAAAUGACGGGUGGCCUGUUGUGUUUCCGAAAGCUAAAUCCUGCAGCCUUGGUUCUGUGUAGGAACCUGCGGUUCGCCGCUGGGGACUGCUUCUCAGCCCGGAGUGAGAGGGUUUCAGCCCUUUGCUUUGUUCACACCCCAUCAGCUCCCGCCUCCUCCAUGCUUCACCUGUUCACCCAAAGCCACGCAGCGCUCCUGGGGUGGAGGUGUCUGCCCAGCCCACCUAGCUGUGUAAAUAGAACUUUUCUAAGUUGC